UCCCAAAAGUAUAAUCUUUCCCUCUUUCACUUGAUUUUUUUUUUUUAAUCUAUUGUUUCCUUGCUUGUUUUCUAUUUUCAAGAAAGCCCCACAAUUUCUUUCUUUCUUUUUGGCCAAGAGAUUUGGUGGGUUUUGUGAAUGAGCAAAGAUGAUGAGCGACGUAGAAGAUGAGCUUGACCUAGGCCCACUCUUCUGGUCAAGGGACAUCGACGAGCACCCCUUUGGCACAGUCUCAUUGGCGAUGCUUCAAGCCAAUCCGGUUAUGGAAGACCACUGCCAGUUCGAGAUUGGGAGGGACUCUAUCUUUGUUGGGGUUUACGAUGGGCAUGGAGAUUCUGACGAAGCGUCUCGCUUUUUAGCCGAUAAUCUCUGCAAUAAUUUAACCAGGCUGGCUCAAAAAGGAACCAUGUCUGAAGAUGUCCUUAAACGUGCUGUUGUUGCUACUGAAGAUGAAUUUCUUCAGACUGUGUAUGAUGAAGCUGGAUCUUGUUGUCUGGCCACGGUUAUAUGGAAAGGGUCAUUAUAUGUUGCCAAUGUGGGUAAUUCUAGAGUUGUAAUUGGUAUUCUACUUAGAAAAUCUGAUAUCUUCGCUGAGCAGGUGACCAAAGAUCAUAUUGCGGAUGUGGAGGACAUUAGAAAAAGAAUUAAAGCAUUGCAUCGUGAUGAUCCAGAUAUUGUAUUUGAGAAGGAUGGAGUUUGGUGUAGUAAAGGCAUUCCUCAGGUAUCUAGAGCUAUUGGUUCUGCAUUCUUGAAGAUCCCAAAUCGUUAUGUGCAUUCUUCUUUCUUCCAACGAUACAAACUUUACCUCCCAUUCAAUCCACCUCUUCUAAAAGGAGAGCCAGAAUUGUGUAGAAGGCUUUUAUAUCCCGAUGAUAAAUUCCUUAUUUUGGCAUCUGGUGGGCUUUGGGAAAAUUUGACAAAGAAAAAGGUUGUUGAAAUUGUUAAUGAAAAUAAGCAAACAGGAAUUGCUAGAAGAGUUAUCAUAAGAGCUCUGAAAGAAGUAGCAAAGAAGAAGCAAAUGAGGUUUGACGACCUUCUCAGUGUUAAAAAAGAGGAGAGGCGGUCUUUCCAUGAUGACAUAUCAGUUCUUGUGAUCUUUUUAAAUCAUGACUUUCUUGAAAAAGGGGGAGUAGCUGCACAUGAGCGAUCAAUACGUGGAUUUAGCAGCUCUGAUGGACCAUCAAGUUUUAGAAUUUGUGAAGAGAUUGUUGAUUUCAAUACAAGUUCAAACAGUGGUCUAAAAUCUGAAGCAUCAUCAAGUUGCCAUACAUAAUCUGCUAAUAUGUUGAAACCAGAUUCAUGAAGCUUUUAUCCAUACUAAGAUUGGUUCAAGUACAAGGUCCACCAUCUGAAGUAAUACUCAGUCACUAGAUAUAUGAUCUGUUGAGUUGUGGAAAAGCAGGUUCAGCUAGCAACCUUUUAUCAGAGUUGACAAUUCAUAUUCUGGCUUUUAUUUUUCUUCCUUACCCUGACUAACUAAGCUUCCAUCAAACAUUGAGGCUUCUUGUUGGAUGACAAACUUUGAUAUCUCCUGUCUGGUUUUCAGUUUUUUCGGCAUAUAUUCUGUAAAAAGUACUGAGUAUACCCUGCAGUCUGUAGUGAUAACCUCACUGAACAAGCUGGGAAGACAUGGCCUGAAAACAGAUUUGACACAUUCUUUUCAUUCAUGAUCUGUGUAGACAUGCCUCGUAUAUACACCCUAUGGUGAAUAUUCAAUAUUGAUGUUUGUAUUCUUUUUGUUUUGACAUAUCAUGUAAAAAGUACUCUCUAAAUACAUUCAAUGUUGAUCA